GUCACUCAUAUGUGUGUACAGUGAGUUGAGUAAUGAGCGCGAGCACGGCUGUCUGUCUGAGCGCCUUCUGCUACCUCUACAGUACAGGCUGGAAUAAGCAGACAGCGUCUCCAGCAGCGGAGUCAUGAUCCGCCGUCUUCCCCGGGACUCGUCUUCCGCUCGGAGAACCACCGACACACCAUUGUGAGGCAUCUGAUAUUGAACCAGCGGCUUUACUUCGGGCCAUCGCAUUGGUCGCUUUAACGCAGCCGGGGAGGAUCUUGCGCAGUGGCGGCGGACACUUCGGGUGAUGUCGGCUGGCCGUCACUCUUGACAUCGGCCUCUGCUCGCAGGACGCACGGCGGAAUGGGAGAGAGAGAGAUGAAUAAGGAAAUGAGAGGGAAAACAGCAGGAAGUGAGAUCACUGAAUGACGCAAUCUGGAUUCAAACCGAACGUCAAAGAGCAACCCUAAACCUAACCAGCAUUUUAAGUCUAAUGAGGACUGUAAUGAGGACACCUUAAAACAAAGUACAACCAAUAUAAGUAUCAGUGUGUGUGCAGUGACGAGACGUCGAAAUGCACUCGUCUGUUGCAUCUUCCACCCAGUGAGCUGUCUCACUGACAGGCAGACACGACAUAUUGCCGCAACCCAACCCCCGCCGUUUCCACUCCAUCACCAGCCAAUCAAAUGCACUCUGAAAAUAAACUAUCCAAUCAUGGAAAGCAAGUGACAAGCGGGGCCCAAUCACAGCUCCCCAAUGUAAACCAGGCGCAGCAGCAAGCACCUGCUGGCAACCAAGGGUCAAAGGGCGGCGCGUCUGGAAAUCAUGGAGUCAAAGCCAACCAGAUUUCACCUGGAAACCCUGGACUGAAGAGCCUCAACCAGUCAGGCGGCGGUGGUGGAAUGAUGAAGACCAAAGCGAAGAGGGAGCGGAGCGUCUCCAUCGACACGGGAGACCAGAGAGAGUCACUCACCCCGGUUUUGGAGCCAGAUGCUAAAGUAGAGGGUGUGAUGCGCAGCAAACGCCGGUGUGUGCUGGAGAGAAAGCAGCCGUACAGCGGUGAUGAAUGGUGUUCAGGAGCCGAAACUGAAGAAGAGGAUGAGAAACCCCUUUCUGCCACACACCGUGAGCAUGUGAUGUGUCCUAGUCAGGGCCACUCUGGUUCAUCCACCACAGGCCACGUAAGUGAUCCGGGAGGUCCAGGAUUAGGUUCUGGCCACGGACCUGGCAUUCGCACAGAUUUGCAUUCUCGGCCCCCUCAGCAAGUAGUGUAUGUCUUCACCACCAGCCUAGCUAAUAGUGCUGCAGAGGCAGUGAUGCAUGGCCACACAGACUCCAUCCUCUUGUAUCACCAGCAGAAUGUCCCUCGUACCAAGCUCGACCAGCAGUCUACUGGUGUUGGAAAACUCUCCAAUCUAGCAGAGCACAUCAGCUCUAGUCACAGUCCUCCUAUUGGCACACCUAAAUCUCAAAGUGGUACUCCCAGGCCAGCUUCUGUUGGUGGAGUUGGACACCUUCCUGGUACCAGUACUCCUUCUUCCACUGGCCAUCCAGACAGUGAACCAGCUCAAACCCACAGAGGAGGAGGAACAUCCAGCAGCAACAGCCGCGCUGCAGUUCAUACACUGGGCCCAGGAAAUUCAGGCCCACAGUCUGUAGGGGUUUCUGGAACAGAAGGAGUAGAUAGGCCAGGUACAAUUCCCCACCAUGGUGCUGGUGUGUCUCCUUCCACAAGUCCCUCCACAUUAUCUGCACUUCGUCAGAGUGAACUAAGCCAACGUGGAGGACCGGGAAACACAGAUGGGCUCUCUAAGGAGCAACUGGAACAUCGUGAACGCUCUCUGCAGACUCUUCGAGACAUUGAGAGGCUACUUCUUCGUAGUGGAGCUGGUGUUGCCCAAGAGGAUCCAAGAGGUCCUAAUGGCAAUCCUAAUGGCACUAAUGUUAAUAACAAUAAUAGUAAUGAUGAAGGUAGGGGGUUGGAAGAUGGUGAAAUUGGUGGGGGCCUUCCUGGUAAUUGCCAUAUCAACAAUACUGGUAUGCCUGGUAUGCCCCCUGUUGGUGGAAUGAAAAAGUAUGAAGAGCCAUUACAGUCCAUUAUUUCACAGACACAGAAUCUUGGUGGGCCUGGACUGGAUGACUCUCUGAUGGGCCCACACCAUGGUAUGCCACCACAUUCCCACCACCUCUCCUCACCCUCAGGAUUAGACAUGGUGCCCCUUCUUGGACCUGAAGGUGUAACACCAGAGCAGCUAGCAUGGAGGAAGCUACAAGAAGAAUACUAUCAGGAGAAAAGGCGACAACAUGAGAUGAACCCCCACCAGCAUCCCCAGCAUUUCCGCAUGAUGCCAGAGAUGGGCAUGCCUGGGGGACCUCCAAUGCUGAUGAGGGGUCCCCCACCACCAUACCAUAGUAAACCUGGUGAUCAGCAGUGGGGGCCUGGUCCAAUGGUAGGGGGAGGAAUGGGAGGGAAUGCACGAAUGAUGGACAUGAAUCAGGAGGGUCCUCGCGGGCCAAGGUUUCUUGGACAGAUGAGAGGUCCUUCAGGGGGUGGGGGUUAUCCAGAAAGCCCAGGAGGUGUUCUAGGUGUAGAAGGGUUGGGGCCUCAAAGACCUCCAAGACCAGGCAUGGGCUGGUUAGAGGAAAUUCCUCCAAACAUGGGUGGUGGAGGUCCAUUUCACGGGUGCUAUCCUCCAGGGGGACCUGGGGGGCCUCCCCAGCACUUCCAGGGUGAUUUAGAUCGCCCUAUGACGCGGGAAGAAAUGUACCGCAGACUUCAUCGACUAGACUUGCAGCAAAUGUCUAGACAGCAACAGCAAGCAGGGCUUGGAGGCCCCAGAAUGAUGGAUAACCCUGGGGGACCGGGCUUCCCUAAUCCUGGCAUGACUGGAGGCCCGACCUCUCGUGGUGAUCCAAUGGACUUUCCUGUUUCUCGGACUAUAAUGGGUUCUCCUAUUGGUGGAGUGGGUGGUGACGGGGGCCCCACAAUGAGAGACAUUGUUGAUUCUCCUUUAGGGGGUAACCUCAAUAUGAAUAUGGGAAUGAAUAUGAAUCCACAGCAACAGUUGUUGGCUCAGAAGUUGAGGGGAGGUCCUGGUGUUCUUGGGGAGAUGUUAAAUGCUGAAGACAUCUCCCGCAUUAGGGCUUCACAAAAUGGCCGGGGUGGUGCUAACAAAGCAAUGAUCCCUGGCCCAGAGGGACCUCUUCAGUUCCCAAACCAGAGCUCCUUUUCUGGCGGUCAAGUUGAUGGCUCAUUUUUACAGCAGCCAGGCCCUGAUAUGUAUGGACCAGACCAGCCAGGUCCUCACCAUCUGAGCAGCACCUCGAGACUUAGUCACAUUCCCAUGAACACUGGAUCAAGGGUUACAGACCUUGGGGCUCGACACCCUCCUGACCUGCCUAUUAGUGUUAAUCCAAUGGGUUCUCCAGCUAUUCCACCAUCUCACCAGCUCAAAUCCCCCUCUCUUAGUCAGGAGCCAUCGCCUCUCAUGCCCUCACCCUCUGCAGCAGGACUGAAAUCACCCAGCCAGUUACCACAGAGUGGUCCAACUCACCCUCCCCUACCAGCAGCCUCUGGGGCUGGAACACCCUCUUCAACCUCAAUCAAGUCCCCCCAGGUAAUGGGACCUUCGCUUGGUCUUCGCUCACCAUCUGGCUCCCCGGGACAUCUUAAAUCUCCAUCCAUGCCUGUCGCUUCACCUGGCUGGACUGCCUCACCCAAGACUGCUAUGCCAAGCCCUGGUGGGCCUCCUAGUGUCAAGGUCACAGGCAACGGAGGCAGCAGCUCCACUGAUACAGGUAUGUCCUUGCCACCUAGGAGUUCCAACUCAACACCAAUCAGUCAGCCUUCCAACUCUAUCAAUCCUAGCAUGCCUUUCACAUCAUCACCAGAUGCACCUCCCUCCCAAAAUCCUCUGUCGCUUAUAAUGUCUCAGAUGUCAAAAUAUGCCAUGCCUAGUUCCACUCCACUUUACCAUGACGCUAUCAAGACAAUCGCCACAUCAGACGAUGAGAUGCUACCUGAUAGACCCCUUCUACCUGGAACCAACAUGUCAGUAGGCGGCAUGGGAAACCACCAGUCUGCGCAGAUGCUCCUUUCCUCACAGGGUGCAAUGGGACCUCACAGUGGUCCACAAAGUCCGAUGGGAAUGGUACUUCAAGGAGGCCCGCCGUUAUCCCAUGAUCAUCCUGGACCUAUGCUCCCAUCCCCUAACCCUAUGGGGAUACCAGGAAUGCCCUCAGAAAUAAUGGGUGGUGGAGGGGGCCCUCCAGAUGGAAUAGGACCCUGUAAUGUUUCUCCAAUGCAUACACAAAACCAAAUGGGAGGAUUCCCUCGCAUUCAGGGACCUCUACACUCCCCUAUUGGUGGUAUGGGGCAACAGUACCCACCACGUCCUGAUGAUGUGUUACCACCCCAACAGAUGCAUCUUUUAAGCAAAGGCAUGUCUCACCAGCGGCCACCUCAUCAACCAGAAUCUUUUCCGUCAAUGCCCAUGGGUGAUGGUCCAGACCUGAGUGAGGUCAUCAGGCCCACACAUACAGGCAUUCCUGAGUUUGAUCUUUCCCGUAUCAUUCCUGCAGACAAGCCGAGCAGCACCCUACAGUACUUUCCUAAAAGUGAAACCAUGUCCCAGCCACAGCAGAAUCCUCACCAGGGCCAGCCUCCUCCACAGGUUUCUUCCGCUCAACUUCUCAAACAACUCUCCUCGUCUGGACCUCCCCACGGCAACAUCCCCUCCUCCAACCCUCAUAUUGCUAACCUACAGAACAUGAUGGCUGAGCAACAGCUGCCCCUACAUCCUUCACACUCGCACUGUGGGAUGCGUCCAGGCAUGGGCAUGCCUCAGAUCGGCUCAAGGGGCAUGGGAUCAGGAGGUGGGAUGGGGCCCAUAUGCCACCCAGGGCACAUGAUGGGCAGGACAGGCAUGUCUCCACAACAGCAGCUCCAGCAACAACACCACCAUCAGCAGCAACAGGCCAUGAUGGCCAAUAACCUUUUACAACACCCGUCCCACCCUCCUCGUGGCAUGCUGUCUCCACAGCAGCAUCCUCAUAAUCUCAUCGCUCAGCAGAAUCUAAUGAUGAUGCAGGCUAAGCAGAGAGGCAUGGCUCUCCCUGGGGAGCACUUUGGCCAGCAGGGUGCCCUCAUGUCCCCUCAGGGGCCUAUGAUGGGGCCUCCACAUUCACAGACUGGCAUGAUGGGUCCCCAGAGUCUUAGACAACGGAGCAUGUCAUUGGACAGCCCAUUGGGCUACGGACCUGGUAGUAUGGCCAACAUGCCCUUUUAAUCCGGUUUCUCUAAAAGACUGUAAAAACCUUGUUUCUUAUUGGCUUUUUCUCAUUUUGGACAUGUUUUUAAUGCCAUUGACUAACUGUGUUGAUCAAAUGCUAAAAAAUAUUGGUUUUAGUAAUAAUCUCGAUGCUGAAUUUAACUUUGGGAGAUGCUGAAAUUAUUGAGGGUUAACAUUACCGUUAAGUAACAAAAUCUGAAGCCAUUUUUUAAAAUAUUUGUAAAAUAUGUACAUUUCAGAUCAUUGUGUUUGAUUGCAAAGGUGAAAGGAAAAAGCAUCUGGGUUUCUAUGUUCUAAUUACAUUCUGGCUACCAAACUGUUGUGGAAGGUAAUAUAUAAAUAUCUAUAUAUAAAUAUAAUAUAUAUGUAUAUAUAUAUGCAUACAUACAUACAUAUAUAUAUACAUAGUUGCUGUAAAUAAGAUGCAAUUUGUGUUUGUUUGCAACUGUUCUGUAUACUGUGUUUUAUUAGAAAUCUAAUAACAAAUAUGAAUGGUG